GCAGUUUGUCUCGCAACAUGAGCCGGAGAGGACUGUUUGCUUUUUAUCUCUUAACUUUAGCGACGGCCCUUCCUCUCAAGUCGGAAAUGGGUCCGAGGCAAUUGGCAGAGUUGGCAGAAGCCCUUGAAAAAUUCCAGAAGGUAUCAGCGAAGGAUCCGGAAAACAAUACAAUUGAUAAAGGACCGCAAAAGACUGAAGGAGGACUAUCAAAGGACACUCUUUCUAAACUUAUGAGCGCAUUAAUGGAUGACCGCGAUCGUCGGGCUUUUGAUGAACCCAUGAAAAGGGAUGCCUACGCUGAUUUUUUUCGACGUCUAGAAAGUUUAAGGAGGGGUGGUCGUUUGGGACAGAAAAUGAUAAGUCUUCGCUGGGGUCUAGGAAAGUAG